AUGAUUGAUGAGAAGCUUUCUGGACCACUACUUAUGAACGCAGGGGCUAAAUAUGACCAUGAAAGACAACGAGAAGCCAUUGCACAUUGGAUUAUGAUGCAUGAACAUGCAUUUAGUAUUGUUGAAGAAGAAGGUUUUCUUUUUAUGAUGAAAUGUUCUAAUAUUUCAUAUGAGAAAAUUAGUAGAAAAACAUUGAAGAAUGAUUGCAUUGCUGUUUAUGAAGCUGAAAGAAAAAAGUUGAAGUCUACUUUGAGGAAAGUAAAUAAGAUUUGCUUGACCACAGAUUUAUGGAAGUCGAAAAAUCAGAAGAUAGAAUACAUGGUGUUAACUGGCCAUUUCAUUGAUGCUGACUGGGUUUUGCAAAAACGCAUUCUUAGUUUUGUUCACGUUCCUCCUCCUCGGCGUGGUGUUGAUAUUGUUGAUGCAAUCUUUAAAUGUCUUAAAGAUUGGGGCAUUGAAAAUAAAAUAUUUAGUGUGUUAGUGGAUAAUGCACUCUACAAUGAUAGAUGUUUGAAAGAGUUAAAAGUUUUGAUUUUAAGGCACCAAAAGUUAGUGUUACAUGGAAAGUUAUUUCAUGUGCGUUGUUGUGCACAUAUACUAAACUUGCUUGUUCAAGAUGGUAUUGGGAAAAUAGCAAAAAUAGUUGAAAAUGUGCGUGAAAGUGUGAAGUUCAUCAAUCAGUCUGAAGCAAGGUUGCAAACAUUCUCACAAAUAGUUCAACAACUAAAGCUUAGUGUUCAAAGAAGUCUUCCUCGUUUUCAAGAUCGAGAACCAAGCUAUACGACUCUUCCAGAUGAUGAUGAUUGGGAAAAGGUUGAAAAAGUUUCCAAGUUGCUAGAGGUAUUUAAUGUUGUUACAAAUAUUAUUUUUGGUAGUGAAUAUACAAUUGCUAACUUAUAUCUUGCUGAGGUGUUUCGAAUCAAGUUAGUUUUAGAUCAAGCUAUCAAUGAUGAAUCUGAUUUUAUGAAAGAAAUGGCAAAAGCGAUGAAGGAAAAAUUUGACAAAUAUUGGAGUCAAUAUGAAGCUAGAAAAAAUAUAGAAAAUGUGCGUAUUGCUCUUGAUGACAUGUAUAAAGAGUAUGUUGAUCUACCUAGUGAGCAUAGUGAAGAAUGA